AUGUCUUCUGCACCAAAGAAAGGCUAUUUCUCCAAUGGAGAACUACUGGAGAAACCCCCGAUGACAGUGCGGCUCAGCCGCUUUGUCGAGAGCAUCUACUUCUUCUUCGGCCUGUACUUCAGCAGCUUAUUCGCGCUCGACUCCUACGCGGCCGCCGAGAACUCCAGCUUCAACGUCACCCACUCCAGAAACAAAUACACUACCCGUUCCCGCUGGGGAAACUCGUCUUCCUAUGGAGGCGGCGGUGGAGGUGAUGGCCCGGGAUCUGGUCCGCGACGCGUAGGUCGCAUCGAUGACUUCCGUGGGGCCACGGACUCCAGCGGACCCCGGUGCGGUGGUGGAUGUGGAUAA